AUGGUGGCGUUCCUCGACCGCGUCAGCGUCGAGCCGGAGUGUCGUGUCAGCAUCAGAUGCACCAAGUCGAAAGCACACCUUUCGAAUGUCAGAAGGAUGCUUUACGAACAGUCUUUAACCCGGUAUGCGGCAGGUGCUGCCAGUAAGGCGAAAAGCCUCUCCUUAUCUCUUUUCAAUGCCGGUUUCGCGUUGCAAAUCCCCUACUCAUCGAGCCAACACUCUGCUCUCCUCCUCGACGCCCUCGUCUCCUUCCAUUCCAACACCGAACUCACGGAAGCUUUCAGACCAAUCAAUAGCUUCUCGCAUAGGACCGAAUUCGCCCAUCUGACGAUCCUCCGUUUCGAAUACGAUGGUUCGCUUUCUCCACCAACGCGACUGGAGGAGCGUUUCCUCUACUCCUUGGUGAACAUUGAAACUUUGUACACGACCCCACACACCCUCGACCAAGUCAUGAAGUUACCUGGGACCCUUGACGGAACCUACCAACAUACGCCAUUCCCGAAGCUCCAGACGAUCUUUUCCCAUGAAGGCAGUGCCACACUCCUAGAAGCCGAUCCGGCGGCGUUUUUCAAGAGGCGGGUGCAGGAGGGACGUCCUAUUCGUACCCUUCACGUCCCACGCAACGGACCCCACUACGGAUGGCAUUUGGAGGACGUGGACGGGCUAACAGUCGUCUUUAUGGAAAGUAACUUCGAAAAUCCAACGGCAUCCGUUCUCUCCUCGACUUCCUUUCCAACUUGCCAAUCUCUGGACUACAUAUCUCUCAUGGCUCAAACCACGUUGUCUUCCGACGGAGGCCCAGCGGUGACCCUCGCGAAGCUCCUGUACUUCACCGAACCAGAAGGUGCCGCUCGCGCGUACCACUUCAUCAACUCUGAUCCGGCCACUGGGCAGAGGAAGAAGAACUGGGAGUUCGACGAGAGGCAGGUGUCCAUUGAGAACCUUCGGGGGAAGGAGGACACAGUCUCCCUCGACACGACCGGCUUCCAGUUCGCCAAGCACACGACGGCCCACACGAGCUUCGCCAAUGACGAGGAGAUCAAGAGGGAGUACUAUCCCGAGAGUAUCGAGCUCAUCAAGAAAUCGACUGGGGCGACUAGGGUCGAGCUAUUCGAUCAUACUGUACGCCGUCACCACCCUGGAGAUACGGAAGACAUCCCCUCCAAGCGCCGGCCUGUUGCCCAAGUUCACGUCGACCAAACCACAGCAUCCGCCAUCGCCCGCGUGCACCGUCACCUCCCCUCUGAGGACGUCCCAAAGCUCCUUAAUAGCCGCUUCCAGCUCAUAAAUCUUUGGAGGCCGAUCGGGAAGCCGGCCUUCGAUUGGCCCCUCGCGCUGUGCGACUACCGCAGCGUCGACCCUGUCAAGGACGUCACUCCGAUCGCGCUGAUUUAUCCCGAUAGAGAGGAGGGUGAGACGAUGGGCGUCAAGUACGGUGAUCAGCAUAAGUGGAAGUACCUUUACGGGAUGAAGCCAGACGAGGUCGUGUUGAUCAAGUGCUUCGACUCGAUCCAGGACGGUAGCGUUGCUAGGUUCACGCCUCACACUGCAUUCAGCGACCCCAACACGCCUCCUGGUGCACCUCUCCGCGAGUCCAUCGAGCUCCGAUCUCUCGUCUUUUACGACUAG